AUGGGGGUACAGCUGUUACAGUCGUACUAUGGGGGUACAGCUGUUACAGUCGUACUAUGGGGGUACAGCUGUAAGAGUCGUACUAUGAGGGUACAGCUGUUACAGUCGUACUAUGAGGGCACAGCUGUUACGGUCGUAAUAUGGGGGUACAGCUGUAAGAGUCGUACUAUGGGGGUACAGCUGUUACAGUCGUACUAUGAGGGUACAGCUGUAAGAGUCGUACUAUGGGGGUACAGCUGUAAGAGUCGUACUAUGAGGGUACAGCUGUUACAGUCGUACUAUGAGGGCACAGCUGUACAGUCGUACUAUGAGGAACACGUGACAUUGCACAUCAGUGACACAGGACGCCAUAAAAGAUCAGGCGGUGGCGUUAUUUCCUUUCCGGAUGAUUUAGGGAUACAUUUUGACACGGAAAACUCCUCUGUCAGUCUCUCUUUACGACGUAACUAUGCUCUGAAUGAGAACGUGCCUGUCUACGUCAUUGAAGAAAACGGCAUAGUCCAACAAAAUUUACCUGUUGUAACGGAUACAGCAUAUUACCAAGACGUAGAACAUGGGGCAGCUUUUACGGUCAAAUUCGACGAAAAAACAUCAAAAGUUUCAAAUCUGUUUGGGACACUGAGAUUACGCAAUGCGAAUUACUUUCUGGAGAGGUCUGGUGACAUUGACAGCAAUGACAAUUCACAAUUUCGUCUGCGGAAGUAUAAGGUCAAGGCCGGCAUGGUUGUGGACUUUGUACGAAAAAAAGUUGAUGAUUUUGUCGGGGAAAAGGACGAUACAACUUAUUUGGGCGAAUCUCGGAACAGAGGCAAAACUGGAAGUGGACGCAGGCUAGAUGAUCGCAUACCACCCAUUCCCAGUCCACGGGUGAAACGGGCUGCUGUUCAACAAACAGUAGAAAUUAUGAUCACAUCCGAUCAUACCAUUUACAGCUAUUGGUAUGACGACAGCAAUGCCACAUCGACUGCACAGAAAGACACGGACGCCAUGGCAAGCAUCAGGCAGCACUACGCUCAUUCCAUGAACGAGAUAGAUACUAUGUAUGCCAGUAUUGAUUCGUCAUCGAUUUCCAUAAAAACAGUGUUUGCCUGUAUGGUCGUUUCCAAAUCCACAACAACGUCCGAAUGGACAGUGCCUCGUGUUAGCGAUGGGAAGGUGGACUCCAGUGAAGUACUAAAUAACUUCACUGCUUGGGAACGACAAGCACUUCUUAAUUGCAGCUACGAUCACGCCAUGUUGUUUAGCAGGUACGACUUCACAGCAACGGUCAACGGGGUGGUCUCGGAUUCCAAUGCAGGUUUGGCGUGGUUAUCUGCUGCUUGCAGAACUUUCAAACAAUCCAUAACGGAGUAUUCAUUUGACACUAGCAUGAAUGGAGUAGCGGCUCAUGAACUCGGACACAAUCUUGGAGCUGAUCAUGACCAAGACGGCAAUGCUUGCUUGAGUAAUAACAAGUACAUCAUGGCGCCAAGUCUGGGACAAGGUCCUAGUUCAGCUAGGGAUAACCCAUGGAAAUUCUCAACCUGCUCCGUCACGUACUUUGAGAAUUAUAUCGCAACGUUGGACUCAAGCAACAAUAAUUGUCUUUUGACCUUGAGUGAUACUCACAACUCGACGGCAUUGUCUCCGUAUGACCAGGAAAUCCCGGGCCAGGUGACCUCGGCUGAUAAGCAGUGCGUUCGACUAGAAGGAGCUGGAUCCCACCUAUGCCGGGAAUUGUACUCUUCCGGUUUUUCCAGCAUGUGUUACUCGAUGUGGUGUCGAAAAUCUAAUUCCAAUGUUUGCGGUGGUUACACUGCUGCUACCGGAACCACAUGUGGUAACCGAAAGUGGUGUUACCAAGGUUACUGUGUCUCCAAUUCCACAGCACCUGCCGUCAGUGAUUCGUGCCCGUAUGGUGACAACCCCGGUGUUGUGUAUACAGCAGGAAAUGAUACCUACACGUGCGCUACGCUUUUCACGAGCUUUGGUUUCAACAAUUGCCCCACCUUUUACUCCUCCUGCUGUGAUACGUGCUCAGCAUAUGCCCGAUCAUCCCAGGGAUAG